AUGGUACUUAUUCCGUAUGAGGAUAUUGAUAAAUUGAAAUCUGGAGCAAAAAAUUUUGAACAAGUGUUAACUGCUCUCUCCACACAAUAUCUGCCUACAUCUCAAACUCCGGGGGAUCCACUUUCUCGUCUUGAUGCCGAAUUGUCUAAGACUUUAAAUGAAAGUUCGUCAAAUAUUAGCGAUAACAAUAAAUUAAAACAAUAUUCCGAACUAUUGAGACGAUAUUUGUUUUUCAAGAACAAACCCCAUGAGGGUAAUUCUACUGUUGAAAAAAUUGAAAAUAGUGAAGUUAUUCCUGAAACUGCUGAUUUUUCUGGCAUUAAUAGAGAUUCAGAAAUUAGUAAUAUAUCGAUAAAUAAUAGUAAUGCUGAACAAAAUAAAUCGUAUAAAGUUUCUGACAUAGUAAAUGGUGUUCCAAAAACAUACCAAACAGCAGCGGAAAAUAUUCUGCGUCAUAUUGAGUCUGUAGACAAUGGUGAACGGUUAAAGUGGGAUAAUAAAGGAAGUGUUACUUUGGAUGACCGUAAAAUACCAGGUGCUAAUAUAGUUGACCUCAUAAAUGAUGCUGUAUGUCAUAGAAAAACUGUAAAGGCUACAGAUGAUGUAUGGGAGGCUGAUCUUGUAGAAAUAAAAUCUUUAAAAACUUAUAAUGAUGGUGUUUCAUUUAUCCUAGUUGUAAUAGAUGUCCUAAGUAAAUACGUAUGGGUUGAAUCCUUAUUAGAUAAGUCAGCAAAAUCAGUUUUACAAGGUUUUAAGAAUAUUUUUGACCGUAAUAAAGGGCGUACACCAAUAACUCUGCAAAAAGACAAAGGAAAAGAAUUUGUAGCCGGUACAGUCCAGGAUUUUUUAAAAUCAAAAGAUAUAAUUUUUCGAACAGCGCGAAAUCCAGAUGUUAAAUGUGCAGUGGUAGAAAGAGUAAAUCGAACAUUAAAAGAACGCAUGUGGCGAUAUUUUACUCACAAAAAAACAUAUCGUUUUAUAGAUAUUUUACAACAAUUAGUUAAAGCGUAUAAUAAUACAAAGCAUAGUUCAAUUAAAAUGCAACCAUCAGCCGAGACUAUAUAUAAUGCUAAAACGGCAUGGGAUAAUAUUAGAAAUCAGUUUAAACCAAUAAAACCACGCCGAAAACCCCUUAAAUAUAAGAUGAAUGACUACGUACGCAUUAGUAAAUAUAAGUCUGUCUUUGAGAAAGGAUAUGAGGCUGGAUAUACUGAAGAAAUUUUUCAAGUUACAAAAUCAAAGCUUCGACAAAAUAUCCCUAUUUAUGAAAUAAAAGAUUUAAUUGGUGAAGACAUUGAUGGCUUUUUUUAUGAACAAGAGUUAUCGUGUGCGAAUAAGGAUCUUGAAAAAGAGAAAUUUAUAAUAGAAAAGAUAAUUAAGACAAAAGGAAAAGGAAAAAACAAACAAUAUUUUGUCAAGUGGCAAGGAUAUCCAGAUAAAUUUAAUUCUUGGGUUCUUGCAUCAACAAUAUCAGAAUGA